AUGAAGUGCCAAGCCCGGUGUGUCGGCUCAUUAGAACUUUGGAGCCCGUUUCCGCCGAAAGGACCGAGGUGUGAAUCUUCCUUUUGCCAAUCUUCUCAUCAAAAUAAAGCGACGGUGCCGGCGUGUGAACCGGAGAUCGCGCUUGUGGCAAACUUCUUUCCGCCGGAGAGCUCCGCCUUGGCGUUAACUAAGGUUAAUUCAUAACAUCCUCCGUUCGGAAUACGUUUUGUAUUUUUUUUACCCUCUUUUCUGUUGCAGCUUGAUUGUGGGUUUUCUUUUAUUGGCACUCUUCGAAAUAUUGCCAUUUAUUUCCCUUUAUGUCAAAAAUUUCUAGGACUCAUCCUUUUUUGCUUCCAAUGCUUAUGAUUUCAUCCGACCAUUUUUAAGUUUUGUAUCAAAACUUGAAACAGUUAUAAUUGUUCGAAAAAAUCAAUCGACUUUUUUUGAAUCUUCUGUAUUUUAUUUUUGUCACACUUUCACUUGUCAAGUCGAGUCGUUCAUCUUUCAAGAUUUUUUUCCUGAUCGAAUGCAAUUUUUCAACAGAUAAUUUUGUCGCACAGUUUUCACGACUACCUUUUCUUUUACAGAUUCUCGUCGCCUCGAUGUUUCCGCCAUACUUCACCUACAGCAUGCCUCAAUUCCCGACGGUGAGUUCAAUGAUUAUAAGAAAAUAGCGUCCAACUUCACCUUGUUGACCACUAAUACAUGUCGAGCAUGAGAAAAUUCUGAGGUUACAAUAUUCUCUUUCCCAUAAAAUAGUUUACUAGAAAAUAUUGAAGUUCCAAGAACCGCAGUGAACUUGAAUGAUAAUUCCAAUUAACUCUCGAAGUCCUUUCAUCUUUCUUAGUUGGCGUUUCGCUUCUCUCAAAAAAAAAAGAUAUCAGGAUGUUUCCUUUUUUUCUUCAAAUUUUUUUCAAAUGAUGAAAAAUUUCCUUAAUCAGUUUUUUAUGCUGUACAGUACCACAAAAAGAAAAUCUUUCCUCAAGUUCUUCUCAUGACGAAGUUUGUAAAACUCCAUGAUUCAGUAGAAAUCCACUGACUGGAGCGUCAUUAUGUUUGAUGAAAAUCCUCAAAGUUUCAAGCCUCUAAUUUUUGAGAUAACAGGUUUCAGAGUUAGGUUCAACUAGCUAUCCUAUUUGGAAAAUUUCUUCUGCGGAUACUUUGAAAAUCUGUAUAUUUGUUAUUUCGAACUUUUUAGUUGCGAAACUAUUCAAUUUUUGAGCUGAGCCAUCUCCGCUCUUUCUGAAUACUUUGAAGAAGAUAUGGUGUUGAUCAGUGAGAAAUCCAUAUUGCAACGAGUAGAACAACUCAGUGUUGAUAAUUGUAUGUAAUCUUCUAUUCUUCUUCUUGAUACCUGCGGACAAUGAAGCUUUUCAAGCGUGCUUAUUGUCAGCCUAUCGGGGCGGCUCAACGAGCUACUCUCCUUUCACAUUUCUCUUCUUUCACGUUAUUGUGUGGUUCAUGAAUAUUUCCUUUGUAACUUUCCUCUGUGCUGAUUAUUUGAAGUAUAUCAAAAUCAGUCUUGAUAUUUUUGACAGACUUUUGGAGCCUAUAGAAUGGUUGAGAUCCUAUCUUCUGAUCGGACAAAGAUAGUUUAUCAGCUCUAGAAAGCCAUGUUAUAAUUGGCAGCAGAUUGAACAAAACUAAUUAAGAGCUCAGAGUAUAUCGAUUUUGCGCGUUUUGAUAGUCAGCGAGAAAUUAGGGUUCGAAACUGUGAUUUUGAGAUUUUUCGAGAGUCCAAACCAGAAACUAUUUUCUGUCGGAAGCUUUUCCAAGACACCUCGGAUCUCGACUUUUUCGAAGCAAGGGACAGCUGCAAAAGAGUCUAGAACAAGUGUUACGUCACAAAUUACAUGGCUUGAACAAUGUUUCCCCGUCGCCGAACAAAGUCAAGCGAACACAAUUGGGUUCUAUCUGAAUUGUCAUAACAACGUAGAAUAUGCCGCUAAUCAGCAACAAAAAGGUGCUGAGAGGCGGUAAAAGGAGGCUUGGAAAACGUCUUGUUUGGUCUGCGAUAACCUCAAGUCCUCAGUGAAGACCUCAUCAGCUCAUCUUCUCAGUCACAUCGCUCUUUGAUGACAUUUUCCUUUCGAUUCUGUUCGAAAUCAUUCUCUCUUUUUUUCUGAUCGCUACAAGGGUUUGAUUUCAGACUUCAGAAGUAAUUUUCAAGUUGAUUAGUCGAAGCGACUAUCAAAGCGUCCAUUUGGAAAAUUUUAAAAGUUCAAACUUAGGGAGCCCUUGCUUGCAUUGCAAAUGUUUGAGCGGAGCUGUUUUCAAAUUUUUCUCAACUUACAACAAUUGAAAUCUUUGGCUAGUUUUUUUUACAACCUGGUUUUUUUUUUCAAAUGUAAAUACUAUUGAUUGGUACUCUUUCCAUCUUUUUCUCUUAGAAUACCUUACUGUUUUAGUAUAUUAUAUCAAUAAGACUUUUUCAUUUCAGCCGAUGACUUCACUUUCCCCUACUCAGUUUCUCCUCGACCAGGCGAAGAACUUGGACUCGCCUUUCUUCGCCAGUCUCAACAAUUCUCGAGUGCCGCCGCCUCUGGACUUGCUCCCAAAACCGAAGUCCAACCGCUCGAAACCGGAGACCAAGACGUCUUCUGAGACGAGGAUCAAACGCCCGAUGAAUGCUUUCAUGGUGAAACUACGCCGGUCGAUUUAUUUAUAUCCAUUUUGCAGGUCUGGUCACAAAUGCGUCGUGCUGAAAUCACCUCAGCUGGCGGGAAAGUGCACAAUUCGGACAUAUCUAAAAUGCUCGGCAAGGAGUGGAAAUCGAUGAAAGAAGACGAAAAAACACCUUUCGUCAUCAAAGUUAGUUACGCAGAAAUGAACAGCUUACUCAUCAAUUUUUGUUGAGGAAGACUGGUGUUUACCUUUAAGAUGACUUCAUCCUCUUUGAGAUGAUCGAAUAAUAGUUGAAAAAAAUUUCAAAAAAAAAAGAAGAGGAAAAGUACAGUCAAUACUUCGAUUUGAAAGCGUAUGAGUUUUUCUUAAAAACUCUUUUCAAAGGAGGUUCCCGUUUUUUUAUACUUCAGAAAAAAAUGAAUUUUCAUUCCAUUCAUAAACGCACCACUCAAAGUUUCAAGUUUUUAUGAAGAGUUCUUUUUAAUAAUUUCGAUACUCAAAUAAUCUUUUCACAGGCCCGAGAGAUCAGGGAAGAGCAUUUCCGCGAGCAUCCAGACUACGUCUACAGACCGCGAAGGCGCAAGACUCUCAGGAAACCGUCGAAGCCAGCCGAAGAAAGUGCUCCCGCGAACGUCGCCGACACUCCUCCGACCACUCCGAACUUGCUUCCGGCGCUGCUCCUCAACCAGAUGAUUUGCAAUCACUUCAUCGCUAUGCUCAGCCAGAACCAGCCUCUUCUUCCUUCUCCGCCUUAG